AUGGCAUCUACUCAAAGUUAUAGCUCAACUGCACGCACCAAAGCUUCACACCCAACACCCAACUUCUCCGACUCGAACUUCGACCCCGCUGAUUACCUCAAUGAUGCCCUCUCUCCAUUGACCGUCGCAUCACUUCAACUCAAUGCUUCUCGAGCUCCAGGCUCUAUACCCCUGACUGAACUCUCAAGUCAGGUUCAGUCACUGCUAUCACAAAUCAGCGCUCAAAAUGUACGCCUGUCAAGUACACUCUCCCAGCUCAGCGACGAGAUUCUUCGAAGCGGCGGACGGUUAGCCUACGAGGUGGAAGUGCUACGAGGAGAGACGAUUGGGCUUUCUGAAACCCUGACCGAAGUUCUACGGGAGGAUAUUGCAAAGUUCGUCCCGAAUGUCUCUGCAACAGCUAUUCCCACCAGUCGCAAGACAGAGCCUUCGGUCGAGGAGGAAUCCACGACUGACGAGGAAGAGACGAUAGAGGAAAAGCAGCCAACAGCCACGGACCCGGAGUAUAUCACCAAUUUACGCACGCUGAACCAAGUUCGAUCGCGACUGGAGGAUGUUGUGCAGACCUUUGGAGAUGCGAUGGAAUGGCCCCUGCCCCCAUCGGAAAUAUCCUUCUCCUCAACGUUUAUAUCCGUCUCUGGUCCUGAAAAUGCAGUCGAAGGUGGCGAACAAGAAGAAAAGGGCCAGGAAAUCAUGAAGAAGCUGCGGGUUGAGAUAUCUGAGCUGCUGAACAGUGACGGUGGGGGUCGGGCUGGGUUGGAUGCAGCCAGUCGUCGAGUAGAAGCUCUACGGACUCUGGCAACUGUAUGGAAGGGGUCAGCUGAAGAGAAAGCUCGUCUUAGAGUUGUGGAGAAUCUGCAGCGACUUGUUGAAGAGCGGAGGCGAGCUCAGAAUCAGACUGAUCGGAAUCGGUCUAGAUCGAGGCCACGCAACACUGACAGUGAAGCACCAGCACCAGCACCAGCGGGAGGACUAUUUCGCAAUCUGCAGAGAUUAAAGGAAGAGAUAUAUCUAGAUUAG